AUGGUGGUGCCUCCUGAAAUCCCUGUACAAAGUGCCUCUGGAAUAAGUGGGGACGGAUGCACCUCAGAGGAUGUGUCUUUACCCACAAGUCUUUGGAACCCUUUUCACCUUGAACCUGUAGUGGAUGCACAACAAGUUGUGUUUUCUUAUCUGGCUCUUUUAAGAGGACAAGUUGCAUCUCGCCUAAGUUGUGUGGUUCUAGAGCCUAUCUUACGUGGUCGACGUAGAACUAUCUACACUGCUGGUCGGCCCCCUUGGUAUGAUUGUCAAGGACAGUUGAUUGAGCCUUUUGUCAUAGGUGUGUGUGGUGGUAGUGCCUCAGGGAAGACUACAGUUGCCAGAAAAAUUAUAGAGGAACUGGAUGUGCCAUGGGUUACUCUCCUUUCUCUAGAUUCUUUCUAUAAGGUUUUAACAGAGAAGCAUCAUGAAGAAGCAGCUAGAAAUGAAUAUAACUUUGAUCACCCAGAUGCCUUUGACUUUGAGUUGGUGGUUAAAACUUUGGGGAGAUUACGGGAGGGGAAAAAGGUGGAAGUGCCUAUAUAUAAUUUUGUCACUCAUCGUCGAGAAACAAAAACGAAAACCAUGUAUGGUGCCAAUGUCAUAAUAUUUGAGGGAAUUCUGGCAUUUUAUAGUCCAGAAGUGCUGAAGCUCCUAGACAUGAAAGUCUUCGUAGAUACAGAUUCAGACGAAAGAUUAGUUAGACGUUUGCGAAGAGAUAUUGCUGACAGAGGAAGAGAACUGGAUGGUGUCCUCAAGCAGUACUUUAAAUUUGUCAAACCAGCAUUUGACUAUUAUAUUGCUCCUUCAAUGGUUCAUGCAGAUAUCAUUGUUCCUAGAGGUGGUGAAAAUGAAGUUGCCAUUAACCUCAUUGCCCAGAAUGUCAUGACACAAUUGCAACAGAGAGGUUUCAAGCUUCGUGAAAAACUAGCACAUGCCAAUUUGGGCAUUGUUAGACCAAAUUCCCUCCAUCUUCUGCCAUCCACACCUCAGAUUCGUGGACUUCAUACAUUCAUACGCAAUAAAGAUACCCCACGAGAUGAAUUUAUUUUCUAUUCUAAGAGGUUAAUAAGAUUGGUCAUUGAACAUGCUCUGGCAAUGCUGCCAUUUACGGAUGUGAUAGUAGAGACUCCUCAGGGCGUUCCAUAUGAAGGGAAGAGGAUUGCAACUGAAAAGAUAUGUGGUGUGUCUAUAUUACGGGCAGGAGAGACUAUGGAGAAUGCACUCUGUGAGGUACUCAAGGAUGUGCGUAUUGGCAAGAUCCUUAUUCAAACAAACCUGGACACUGGGGAACCAGAGCUUUAUUACCUGAGGCUUCCAAAAGAUAUUAAGGAUUACCACAUAUUUUUAAUGGAUGCAACUGUUGCCACAGGUGCAGCAGCCAUCAUGGCAAUUCGUGUUUUGUUAGAUCAUGAAGUACCUGAAGAUCAUAUCUCUUUAUGUUCUCUGCUCAUGACCGAACAAGGUGUUCACAAUAUAGCUUAUGCAUUUCCUAAAGUCAGGAUUGUAACAACAGCUGUUGAUCCAUGUGUCAAUGAGAAAUUCUACAUUGUUCCUGGCAUAGGAAAUUUUGGCGAUCGAUACUUUGGAACUGAGCCGUCCGACCAGUGAUACAUCAUUGCCUCUGGAGCUUAUUAUCAGAAGUUUCCAUCUAGAGAGUAACUCAUUUUCUCCAGUUUUUUUCUUCAUUUUUAUACCAGCAUGGAAGUUAAUUGCAAAUAAUUUUCUGCAUUCAGUAAUCAGAAGGUUUUAUUGCAAACAACUUUAAUGCACAGACAUCUUUUGGAUGGAUAUGUAAGAUAUCUCAGUGGUUUCCCAUUAAUUUUGAAAUAGAAAGGAAACUGAAAAUACGCUGCUCAUCUGUCUUUGUAAUAUCCAAGAGUAGAGAGCUUAUGUAUUGAACACAGGCUCUGUUUUUUUUUACUUAAUCUUCUCACAGAAGUGUAAAUACUGUUUUCUUUUUAAACAUUUUAUUGUACUUACAAUGAAACACGUGAUAUGAGCAAAACAACCAAGCAAUGUACAUGUAGAGUGAUAAAUUCUAUAGCUUGUAAAAUAAAAGUGGUAUUUAACAGACUUGACCUUAGUAGUUCCAGCAAUAUAGGCAUAUGAACAGUCACUAUUUGUAUUGUUUACAUGCAGGAAUUACAAACAGUUUCUCUGAUGAAUUUUUAUGUUCACAUGUUAUGUGCAAUUUAUUUUACUUGUUAUUGUGUGACUCCAAGGUUUUUAUACAAAAAUAGACAAGAAAACAUUGUUUUAACAUUUUAUGAUAGAGUACUGUUGCUACACAUGCUUAGAAUUGUAUGGUGGAAUGACAAUGGCUUUCAAUCUUCCUCUCCUUCUUAAGUGCUCUUAGGGAAAUAGUGAAAUGAAGUUCUGAAGUACGUAGUUGCAGAGGAGUUUCAAGGUUAGGUUUAGGGCCUUUGUCUGAUAGUGAUGGCCUUUUGUUUUGGGAUUUCACUUAUUUAUUUAAAAGUUGUGUAUAUGGUAAAGUGAUAUCUCAGAGCUGCUCUUAAUCUUGAUGCAAUGACACAUACUAGUGCCAAAUAUUAGUAACUUCAUAGUUAAUAGCUUAAUUUCUUUCCAGUCUAAUUCAAAUAUAAGAAAUUUCUGUACUGCAUAAAAUAAAUAUUGGGUUGUUGCUGGAUAGAUUAGAUUUAAUGUAGCAUAACUUUCAUGGGUUUUUGAGUUACAUAGAGCUAUAAAAAUGAGAGAACUCGAGGGGUGGCGCAAGUUGUUUAGCAGUAAAAGACUGUCACUGAAACAAAUGUCAUUUGGUGAAGCUAAAUUAUUUUAAUUUUUGCUAUGAGAUUUUUAAAUGGUGCAAUAUUACACUGAUGGAUUCCCAUAUCAAGGGCUUAGAAAAAAGUAUGGAGAUAAAUAUUAAUUUUAAAAUCGAAUUUCAGUCUGUAAUUUAAAUAUUUCAUGUAAACUAUCAUCCGUUGCACCAGUUGACAUUACCAUAAAUAUUUUCUAUUUACUAAGGAAGACUUUAGAAGCAGUAUAUCAUCCAGGGACAUAUGGUUAGUAGUAUGAAUUAUGUAAAUGAUGAAAACCUGUGUAUACUUAUUUCACUAGUAUGUAUAGAAAAAUUACCUUCCAAUUAUAGAAAGAUUGUACUUUUUCACCUUUCCACACAAACUUAAGGUAGGGUCUUGUUGCUGGGGUUAGAAAAUUUUAUAAGGGUUUAGUUUACCUCUCCAUCCUUGUAAUGUGUAUGUUUAUGAAGGAUGCCUGUAAAUGUUCUUGUUUGUGUAUAAAACAUGUCAAUUCACUCUCCUUAUAUGGCAAUCCCUGGUUAUCGGCAGGGGUUCCGUUCUCAGCGGGAUGCUGAUAAGCGAAACCGCCAUUAACCAAAACUCAGUAAUUUAUGGUGCGAUAACUGGUUAAUGGCAUCUCUGUUAGGUAUGUUAUGGCGCCAUAACUCUAUUAUUGGCACUUAUGGCACCAAUAACCAAAACUUGGCACUAGAAGCACCGUAAAAACCGGAUCGCCAUUGAGCAAGUCCGCCAAUAACUGGGGACUGCCUGUUAUGUAUUUGUUUUGGAGUUGCUAACAGCAAUAACAACUUUUUUGUGCAUAUUCAGAACUAACAUUUUCUGUGAUGGCAUUUUCAGUGAAGACUGUUGAUGUCUCCCCGAUAUGUAAAAGCCAAAAUCAGAACAUCACAGUUACAUUAUGAGAACCUUGUUAAAAAGGCAAAGCGCUUACCAGUAAUUGGGGACUUCAUAGAUCGUCUUCUAAAGAGUAUACUCAAUUUGUAAUUAACUAGUGGCUCUAAAGUAAAUUAGCUAAGCUUUUUUUUCUUACUUUUUUUCACAAAUUCUUUCAUUCCUUAUCCUGUCAGAAUUGACUUUUAGGCGAGUUUAAUAAAUUUCUGGUCAUUUAAAAUAAAGGAGAGCGAGCCUGGAUGGCAUACCUCCCCACUAGUAGAAUUUGAGGAGUUGAUAUGGUCAAGAAACAUGCAAGUUUCUUAUAAAGCUCUGCUUUUAAGGCCAUUUCAGAUAUGUGCGGUCUGAUGAACCCCCACGGCAACAAGGUCACAGUGUAUAUCUAGUCUAGGUAUAAGCACGAGGGCCCAUUAGAUAAAAAGGUUCAUGGUUUUUGUAACAAAUUUCAUGAUGAUAAAAAUGUUGACAACCACUGCUUGGAAAAAAUUCUGAAGAUUACUUCUUUGUAAAUAAUCAAUUCAUUUACAAAAAUUUAGAAAAAUUUACAGAUAAAAUAGAGGACCAUCAAGACUUUCCUCCUAAUGCAUAAUGGACAGAGAAUUCAUGAUCCAUUUGCAACAUCAGAUAAACGUACUUGGUAAACUUUAUAGACUACAUUAGCAGUGAACAAAGUCUUAGUGAUUGAUCCCAUUAACAUAAACUAAAACUGUGUUAGAUAAUAAUUUGAAACAGCUGAAGUCUAUGUCAUAGUACAUGGUCUGUAACUAAAAGAAUAAUGUUUGCCCUUUCUUCUCUCGGCUGAGAAGGGUUAUUUAUAGGGUGGUGAGUAAUUCAUAUGGCUAUUCAUAUUAUAUUGACUGCUGUCUGCUGUUGCAGCUCCCAGUAGUAAGCUCAGUGCUGUGAAGCCUCCAUUAGUGGUUGUCCUUCAUGUGGUAGAUGCCCCCACAACAUUGACCACAGCUCCUGCAAAAAAUAUUAAGACAAAAGCAGUAAAGUGAAGAGGUAAAAGCAUUUUCUUUUUCUUCCUCAUCAAACCUUCCUCUCUCUUCUCUCUCUUUUACCCUUACAGGAAGAAGAAUUUCAACAACAACUCGCAAGAGGCUGAGGAAGCAAUAGUAUUUGUCCACCUUGGGCUGUCAAAUCCACCUUAGGUAAUGUUUACAUGGGUUAUUGAGCAUGUACCGAGACAGUCCAUGGUUCUUGUGACUUGUCCAACCAUGUUUUGUGUGAAGCAUACACUGUAGAGUCAGCGCUACCUCCUCAGUCAGCGUGGAAAGUCUUUGCUGUACUGGGAAAGUUAAUUCUUGCUCUUUGUCAGAACCUUCUCAAUAUCAGAGGGUACUCUAGGAUUUGCUCAGGAGGAACCGUGGUUGCUGCUUGCUUGUGGUGUUUUGGAUCAGGUUAAUAGUCUGGUCUGUAGACCAGAGGUUUUCAUACUAUCAAGUGACUAAAUGGCUGUUAUCCCUCUGUGAACUUGCCUGAGUAAGUUCAACUUGCCGGAAGAUGCACAAUACUUCUAUAUGUGCCAUUUUUCAAGUUUUAGUUGAAAGUAGUCUUGUUCAGGGGAAUAAACUGGUUUUGGAUGACUUUACACCUUCAAAUAGGAAAUUGAGGUGACAGUGAAGAGAUAUUUUAACAGUUUGGACUCUCUUAUCCAUUGUGGUGGUCUCCUUCAAGGGCCUUAUACAUCUGCAGGAAUCCUCCUUUUAGACAGAGUCAGGGUGCCUAGACUUCAAAGAUGCUUGAUAUUCACUCAGGCUCAUGGCCCUAUCACUCAAGUCAUCCCUGUGCCAGAUUGACUAGGUGGUUACAGGAGUUAUCACUCCCCUGCUCACUAUUGUGACUGGGAAUUUUACAUUUCUGUGUGGAGAUUUAACUUACCAGUUAGUAAGAGACAAGUUAGUAAGAGACAACCUCCCACCUAAGGUGUAAGUCUGUUGCAUAAACAGCAAUGGUUUGUAUGUAUGUACAAACACACACAAAGUUUUUAAAGUGAUUUGGAUUUUUCUUAAGAUAUGCAAACAAGAAUCUUUAAGCAUCCCACUUCAACUAUGCCACUUAGUCCUUGUUGCCAAAAAUAAGAUGUUUGGUGAAGCCAGCUGAGUGGGACCCCUACAACCAGUUAACUACCUUGUUACCAGGUGUCAGACCCAUUCCGGCCUAUAAAGAGGAAUAUUUGGACAUAAAAAGCUUGUUUAUAUACCUACAAAAAACAUAAAUUGCUUUAAAAAUGUUAUACAUUAAAGGAUUUAAAUGGAAACUACUACUGCAUUUUUUUGUUCAGCAGAAGACUUAUGACACUACCUAGAAAUAUGCUCUAUUUAUAUAAGUUGUACAACAGAGAUAUUCAGUGCCACCUUUUAUGCAUAAAAACUUCAUAAUAGAUCAUACUUUUCAAGUGCAAAUAGAUGCAUUUAUAUACACAUAAGUAUACUUUUCAAGUGCAAAUAGAUGCAUUUAUUUACACAAGUUUGUAUACAGAUGACUGCCAUAUUCUGCUCCGCUACAAAUUUGUGACAAACCAGCAACAUUGAAGCUAUGUUAUUGCCUCUUCCAAUUGGUUACACUUUCAUGGCCAACACUCAAGAGAGUUUCUGUGCAUCCAAACCUGGAAAGACUGCACAAGGGGGAGCUGCCUCCUCCCUCUCAUCCAAACCUCCUCUUGAAACACACAAAGAUGAAGCAAUAGAAGAAGGAGAGGGGGGCUAAAAUCUUCCAGAGAAGUUGCAAUGAGAGAAGAUUUUGGCAAAGAAGAGACAGAACAAGAAUGAAUUGAUUUUUCUGCCACCACUGGGAGUGAGAAACCAACCCAAGAUGGUGCCCAAGAAACAGUAGGGGUAACAACAUCAAUUACAAGAUCCCCGAACCCCCUCUUGAAACAUCUAAAGACAAAGCAAUAGAAGAAUGAGAGGGAGUAAAAUCUUCCAGAUAAGUAGAUGCAACAAGAGAAGAAUUUGGCAAGGAGAUAGAACACAGAUGGAACUGAUGUGUCUACCAUGACUGGGGGCGAGAAACCAACCCAAGAUGAAGCUGCUAAUUUCCUCUUAUAACUCCUCUAACGACCAAAAUUCUUCCAUUGCUCAGAAGACCAACUAUGACACUCAGAACCAGGAUUACUUGCACUACAAUUGCUAGGUUGCACCUGCUACAAGUGGUGUGAGGAGUCUUUAUCCAAGGGAGCCAAGUUACGAGAACAAGGGUUGUCAACAACAACUAGGGAUCUUGUCUGAGGCCUGGAUUGCUUAGAUAAUUCUUACUUUGCAUUUUUUGGAAUGCAAAAUACACACAAAUAAAAAGAAAAUGAUAAACCAGAAUACCAAGAUAUAAAAUGGCAGGAAGUACUGAGACAACCAGCUUCUCAGCUAGAAAGGCAGAGAGAAACAGAUAAGUCACAGUGCCUUGUUGGUGGGUAAGCCAGGGAUAUGCUGCUGUUUGUCCUCCAAGCUCCAAACGCCCAAGGCGAUGAGGCCGCCUAAAUGAGCCCCCAACCUGCGAAGGAGACCUCUGAAAACAGAAGGAAGUCCGGAGGGAGAGAACGCAGGGGAACACCCUUCAAGAGAUUUCGGUCUUCCAACCACCAACGAAGGUCUUCUCGCACUUCCAGAGACAGAGGAACCUUUUAACAGGGCGAAGUCCCCCGCUGGAGACCAGAAUUCCCUCAGCAUCCAUUAUAGAGACCGAAGAUGAAGAUGCCCAUGGGGGAGUUUUUUUUAAAUAUUUCUUUCGGAUUUACUACUUUGUUUUAAACAUUUUAGACCUUUGUAAUACUGUAAGCAGAAAACUGAUUGCUAAACAAUUACAUAUUCCAUAAAUUAUUUGGACGUGGAGGAAUUACACAUUCAUGAAAACCUUUUCAUAUUUAUGUUGGCUUUUAAUAUAUUUAAAUGAAUAAUCUCCCAUAAAACCUCAUUACUGUGCAUAUUUAAUCAUCACUGCCACAAGCACCACUGCUCUAAUAGUGGGGCUGAUUUAGAAAAAUUUUUACUGACGUAGAACAAUUUAACAGUUCUCAGCAGUAGCAUGUAGUACAGGCUGCCUUGUAUGUUUUUCACAAUGAUUUGGAAGCACUAGCAAUAUAUGAGUUGCAACAACAUUUUCCUUACGAUGCUUUCUUUCCAGCAGCUUACAGCUGUUGCUAUUAAUUUUUCUCAUUAAAAUUUAUGUGAUCCUUGGUGUUACAAAUAUUUAGUCAGAAAAAUUAGAAUUUUUUCUCCAUGAAUUCUAUACAUAUUGUAUUAUAACUAAAUUUAAUUAUAACUUAUAUUGGUACUUAUGUUGGUUAUUCAUUUUUAGAAAGUGUUAAAAUACAUUAACAUGGUCAUGUCUUUUAAAUGAAGCAUUUUAUGCUCACAUUGAAAGCAAGUCAACAUUAUAGAAAGUGUUACACUAGAAACUAUCUAUUUAUUUCUGUUGCACUUAAUAUGUUUUAUACUUUUGUUUUGUUUAUGUAGUACUUCAUAGCCGGUUAGAGUACAACUAUAUAUCAGUAGACAACCCCUCAAAAGAUUUGUGUUCUGGUGUGAUUUGUUACGUGAAUUUUUUAUCAUCCGUGUAACUUGUAUGGUUAUAAAGACGUUACUGCAGGUAAAUAUAAUUUAACAAAUUUG